UUUGACAGCUUGUCCCGACGUCGUCUUCUGCCUUCUGCUCGAUGUGUUUACGAUUAGUGUUAUCAUAUAAAUUUAUACGUUUGUUUUUUAAAGGGGACUGGCAAUCCUUUUUUAAAUUUUCUAAUUAAAUUUUAAGCAACUAAAGAUGUUUUCCGCCUUAAAAAAGUUAGCUGCAGGAAACAAUAAGAAUGAAGCAAAUGGAAAAACUCCAGCUGGAGGACAGCAAGCAAUGCAUGCAUCUUUACAAAAGAAAUUUGCCAAAGGAGUGCAUUAUAAUAUGAAGAUAAUUAUACGAGGUGACAGAAAUGUAGGUAAAUCUUGCCUAUUCCACAGGCUUCAGGGAAAAGCUUUCAUAGACAAUUAUGAUCCAACUCAAGAAAUACAGGUUGCCAGCAUUCAGUGGAGCUACAAAGCAACAGAUGACAUAGUCAAAGUAGAAGUGUGGGAUGUUGUUGACAAGGGCAAAAAGAAAAAACCUUUGGAAGGCUUGAAACUCAAUACAUUAACUCCUGCAUCUCUUGCUGAAGAACCAGCAUUAGAUGCAGAGUUCCUUGAUGUCUAUAAAGGGACGCAUGGAGUAAUUAUAAUGCUAGAUAUUACAAAGCAAUGGACAUUUGACUACGUUAAACGAGAACUUCCAAAGAUUCCAACAACCAUUCCCGUUAUGGUGCUUGCAAAUCAUCGAGAUAUGGGACACCAUCGAUGUGUCUCUGAAGACGACGUGAAAUUUUUUAUUGAAAGCUUAAAUCGGAGUAAAACUGAUGCCCAAAUUCGAUUCGGCGAAAGCUCUAUGAGAAACAGCUUUGGACUAAAGCUUCUUCAUAAAUUUUUCAACUUACCAUUCCUAGCUUUGCAACGUGAUUCUCUCCUUAAACAGUUAGAAACAAAUUUACAAGAAAUGUCUCUAACUAAUGAGGAACUUGAUCUCUAUUUAGAGACGGAUGAUGCUAGCUAUGAUAAAUUUCUAGAUCUACUUACUCAAAAACGACGGCAAACAGCUGAUUCACUAAGCGCAGCUACAGCCUCAAAUGCCGUACAAGCUCCUGCUCCUAACGCACCUAUAUCAUCCGCACCCGCCGCAAAACCGCAAGCGGCGGUCAAUCCAGUUCAAGCAACCACAUCUAAAAUAAUGAAAUCUUCCAUAGACCAACCAAAACAUGCAACACAGACCGUGAAUACAGGCGAUUCUACUAAAAAGGAGAACGAAUUUUCCAGCGUCGAAGACUUUAUUGUCGAUGGGGACGACGGAGAGCAAGCCUUGGGUUUCCUGUCUUCCGUCGACGAAAUACCUAGUUCAAUGGUAAAAGGGGUUUUAGUCGAGCAAGAUUCAGACAGUGAUGCUGAGAAUGAAGGCAAUCCCAUGGUGAUGGGUUUUCAAGAUGAAAUCGAUGAUGAGGAUUAUCUUCGAGCAUCUGAGUUUGGAAAUCCUGUUACACAGAUCUCAGAUUCUUCUUCGGACGAAGAAGUGCCAGUUCCACAGGCCGAUAAAAAAGAAGCAGCUGCUUAUAAAGUGAAUAAAACGGUUGAAGAUAUUACUAUCGAGGACGACCUAGAUGACUGGCUCAAUGAUGGCGCUGAAAAAUUACCUUCAUCAAAAUUGAAAGUUUCUUCAUCAUCGAGUUCCCUGAAAAACAAUGAAUCUGUCAAUCGAAAAGUUCCUGAACCAAAGACGGUAGACGUUUCGCUCGAAGAAUUGUCCCUUGAAGUGACAGGCAAGAGUAAAAGAGUAAAAGAAAAAAAAAGCAAACGGAAAUCCAAAAAAUCAUCAAAGGAUGAAAGAACCUCAAGUAGUCCUGCUCCGGAUUCCGAUGUAGUUGAGGAAUCCCGUCCUUAUAACGAAUACGAAGAACUCUAAAAGAUAUUCAUUUUUAUUAUUAUUAUCUAAUCAUUUAGACCACAAUAUCGAUUUGUUUACUUUUCUAUUUUAAGUUAAGUGGUGUACAAGGUAUAAUGUGUUCUUAAGCUUUUCAAAUGCAAAAAUAUGUUGACAAAG